AUGGCGACCACUCUUCCCAUCACACCUCGCCCAUCAGCCCAGGAUGACCAGUAUCUGGUAGGACCUGGUCCCAAUCUGGUCCUGGUUCAGGCUCCUGAUGGAGAUGCUGCUGCUGCUGCUGUUGUUGUGGUGGUGGUGAGAUGGUGGAGUUACUGCUUCAUGGAUGUUCCUCUCCCUGGAGGAUUGAAGAUGAUGUCUACAGCAGGAAGUUCUCAGUAUCUCCUGCUGGCCGUCUUUCUCCUGCUGUGUUUCGGAGCGACCUUCUACACCUACUACAAGCCGACCGUGAGCUGGUUCUCCUGUCCUGAUGUUCCUCCCUCCACACCUGAAGUUUGUACCAGGAAGUGUCUGGCUGCUCUGAACCUGGAGAACUUCACCUCGAGUGUAAACACCAGCUUCAGCUCGCUGAUACAACAAACACUGACCAAGGAAGCAGAAGAAGAGAAGCAGAGUCACGGCUCAGACACCAUCAUCCUGAUCUGGGCGUGGCCGUUUGGCUUUAAGUUCAGAGCAGAAUCCUGUUCACAGUUCGGAGUUACGGGCUGCGUUUUCAUCGACGACCGAACACAAUACGAUAAAGCUCACGGUGUGAUGUUCCACCUCAGAGAUAUCCACGGAGAUCUUCCCAGGCUGCUGGAGAUGCCGCGCCCCCCCGGUCAGAAAUGGGCGUGGCUGAACAUGGAGUCUCCGGAUAACUCCGGCCCGCUGCCCGGCGCGGAUAAUCUGUUCAACCUGACCACCAACUUCCGGAGAGAUUCGGACGUCUGGGUUCCUUACGGGAAGAUCGUGGAAGCGUCCGAGGAGGACAAAGCCUUUCAGAUCCCGGCCAAAGAUAAACUGGUCUGCUGGAUCGUCAGCAACUGGAGCGAGAGGUUCAGGAGGGUGCAGUACUUCACCCAGCUGAGCAAACACAUCCAGGUGGAGGCGUACGGACGACACUUCAGCAGAUACAUCGAGGAUAAAGAUUAUCAACACAUCCUGCCCAGCUGUAAGUUCUACCUGGCCUUCGAGAACUCCGUCUAUAAAGACUACUUCACCGAGAAGCUCUUUAAUCCUCUGAAGGCCGGCACGGUUCCUGUGGUUCUCGGCCCGCCCAGAGAGAACUACGAGGAGUUCCUACCGGCCGACUCCUUCAUCCACGUGGACGAUUUCCCGUCUCCUCGGGAACUGGCGGAGCGUCUGAAGUUCCUGGACCAGAACCAGGAGGAGUAUGAGCGCUACUUCAGCUGGAGGAAGCACUACGUGGCUCAGGGGACGGUGUUCGGUCUGGAAAACGCUUGUCGCGUUUGUGACCACGUGAAACGCCACAAGGAGUAUCGGGUCUUCAAGAACCUCAAUAAAUGGUACUGGGGCUGA